CCUUUCUUCCUGGCUCUGGACACAAGUCUUUGUUUGGUGUUUGAUUUGUCAUGUGCAUGUAUCUGACCAAGGAGGAAGUUGUGGCCUAGUUCAGCCAGAGAGCCCUCUGUACGUCCUGCUUGUGAAGUCCUUUGGUUGUCGAGGUGGAACUACAUGGUGCCCAGGAUUAUUUUUGUCUAUUUUUAGGAGGUAGAGGAAGUAGCUGAAAGGGCACACAAUGAAAAAGACAGUCUCAUGGCUCCACCUCCACUCAUGAGCCCCAUGUGACCUAGUGUCAGGGCGAGGUCCCGGGUACACUUGUUUCCGUGGGUUCAGCUGCUACUCAGGACCGGGAGGCCAAAGCACGAACGGAGGCCAAGGUUUAGUGGGUCUGGAGCCAUGGGGUACCAACAGAAACUGGCCGAAAAGCUCACCAUCCUCAAUGACAGAGGGAAAGGGGUGCUGAUACGUAUGAACUACAUUAAGAAGACAUGUGCAGACCCAAAGCAGCGGCCGUCUGUCCUGACAGAUAAAACCAUGGAGUCUGCAGUCAAGUACAUCAACAAGAAAUUCCCCAACAUUGACUUCAGAGGAACCAUUCAACAUUUGACGAGCAUCCAGCGACAAAAAUCUGAAGUGUUGGCAGCCACGUCAAGCUACUAUGACUCUUUCCUGGAUGUCAUAGAAUUCAGGGACCACGUUUAUGAGUUGCUGAACACCAUCGAUGCCUGUCAAUGCCACUUUGAUCUUGCAAUCAACUUUGACUUCACCAAAAACUACUUGGAUCUGAUCAUCACCUACACCUCUGUUAUCAUUACGCUCUCUCGUAUUGAUGAAAAGAAAGCACUGGUAGGCAUGUUCAACUGUGCCCAUGAGAUGACUAACGGUAGCAGCGACCCCUCCUACCCGCGGCUUGGCCAGAUGUUUGUGGAGUAUGAGCAUCCUUGGAAGAAGCUUACUGAAGAGUUUGGCCCUCACACAAAGUCGGUGACAAUGGCGUUGCUGUCUCUGAAGACAGUCUACCCGCGCAGAAACCUGCCAGCGGAACAGUGGCGGAGCGCCCAGCUCCUCAGUCUGCUCAGUAAUCCAGCUGCCAUGAUGGACCCAGCCUGCUGUGACACUAUGACUUGUGAAUACCUGUCUACGGAGGUGAUGGAGCGAUGGAUCAUUAUCGGCUUCCUGUUGUGCCACAGCAGCCUGAACACCAACCAGGCAUCCCAAGAGCUGUGGAAGAUGGCGCUGAGGAGUGGGCUAUACCUCACCCUCACCAGAGAUGAAGUCCUCAACAUACACAAGGUCUCCGAGGACCUGUUUGACAGCAUUAAAGGAUAUAGCAAGCGAGUUGAAUGCCGUGACCAUGUCAUAGUCAACUGUGGGGCUAUGCACAGAGAGAGGAGGCACUUUCUGAGAGGAGCGAUGAAGGAAUUAUUUAAAGUUCUUGAGGAUGAACCUGGACUUCUGGGACCAAAGGCCCUGUUUGUCUUCAUGGCUUUGUCAUUCGCCCGUGAUGAAGUCCUGUGGCUCGUCAAACACUCUGAGAAUAUGCCAAAGAUAAAGACGCCUGAGGACUACAUUGACAAUCAGAUGGCAGAGUUGCUGUUCCACAUGGAGAAGUUAAGAGGCCUGAUGAAAAAAUACAGCCAUGUAAUACAGCGCUACCAUGUUCAGUACCUGGCGCAGUUUGAUGCCUUGGUUCUCAAUGACACCAUACAGAGCAUAUACGUGUGUCCAGAAGAGGAAUCGGUUCUGAUGACUUCAUUCGUCUCAACCCUGUCUGCCCUCUCAGUCAAACAAGUGGAAAACAAAGAGGAGUUUGAUUUCAGAGCGCUCAGACUGGACUGGCUGCGGUUACAGGCCUACACAAGUGUGAGCAAGGCUCCUCUUCCUAUCAAGGACUACCCUGACUUAGCUAAGGUGAUGAACAUGAUCCAGUUUCACACCAGGAUGGUGGACAGUGUAGAAGAAAUGUUGCAGGAAACAUCUGAGGUGUCCAUCCUCUGCUUCUACCCACGUGUCUUUGAGAAGAUGUUUAACCAGAGCAGUGAGGAGGUCACCAUGAGGCAGUAUCUCAUGUCUUUCCCAUCAGUCUGUUCUCACUUUAACCAGUGUGGCCACCAUCUCUGCCCAGAAGAGAUAGAAGCAAUGGAGAAGAGGAGUCUGCAUCUGUGUGUGGUCUUCCUGGAGCAGAUAGCCAAGCAGACCAGCAGUGUUGUCUUAGAGAUAUGUGCUGAGCAGUGCAAGCUCAAUGACCAGCUGCUGCCCAAACAAUGUGCUGAGACCAUCAGUGCUGCUCGCCACAGAAAACAGAAAAAGCCGGUGCCAAAGAAAGGAGAGGUUCAGAAAGAGAAACCAGGGGCUGAAAGCCUGAGGAAAGACCGGACCAUUGCCACCAAUGUUGACAAGAUGCAUCUGACGCUGACAGAGCUCUGCUCCUCCUAUAGUCUCUUUAAUGACUUUAUUGUCUUCGAUCACAUCAUCGUUCCUGGAGAGUUCCUAAUUUCUCAACUGGAAGCACGCCUCUCUGAGAUCAUCGUCAAAAUGGCCAAUUACAACCAGACCACCCAGGAGAUAGCCCGCCCGUCAGACCUCCUGGCGGCGAUAAGAACCUACACAGCCAGCAUGCACAGCCUCUCCAGCUACAUCAAUGUAGACACCACCCGGCUGGUGAAGAAUGUUCUGCUGCAGCAAACACAGCCACUGGAUUCACACGGAAGCCAGACCAUUACGACCAUCUACACAAACUGGUUCCUGGAGAGUCUUUUGCGUCAGGCCAGCAGCUCCCUCAUUGUACAGUGUCCUUUGAUGCACUGCUUUGUCAACCAGAGUAGUGACAACGACCUAGGUUUUCGAGCAGAGGAGUUCUCGGAUAUAUCAGAGUUACAAUGUCUCGCUGAGCUAAUUGGUCCAUAUGGCUUGAAGUUUCUCAGUGAAAACCUGAUGUGGCACAUCACCUCUCAAGUCAGUGAGCUGAAGAAACUGGUGAUUGAAAACAUGGACGUCUUGGUACAGAUGAGGAGCAGUUUUGAUAAGCCGGAGGAAAUGGUCACUCUUCAAAAGAAGCUGACAGGUGGAGAGAAUGUGUUGAAGAGGAUGACUAUCAUUGGAGUGAUCCUGUCCUUCAGAUCAAUGGCACAGGACUGUCUGAAAGAUGUCUUGCAUAAGCAUUGCCCAUACCUGAUGGGGCCCAUCACCUGCCUGAGAGACUUUAUCUCCCCUGAUACUGACAUCAAGGUGACGCUGAGUGUUUUUGAGUUGGCGUCUGCUGCAGGGCUGACAUGUGAUAUUGAUCCAGCCCUCAUUGCAGCUAUUGCCAAUAUGCAAACAGAUAACACAUCCAUGGACGAGGAGUACAAGCUGUCGUGUUUGCUGCUCGUCUACAUUGCUGUCUCUUUGCCUACCUUGGCCUUGGACAACAACUCGUCCUACAGCCGAGAGUACGGAGGUCACAAUAAUAACAUCCAUUGUUUAGCAACAGCUAUCAACCAGCUGGCUGCUGCAAUGUUCACUGUUCAGAACAAGAACAUAGAGCAGCACCUUAAGGAGUUUCUCAUGCUUGCCUCCUCCACUCUGCUUCAGCUGGGACAAAAUGUAGAGAGAAUGGAAGUCAAAAACCGAGAAUCCAUCUAUCUGCUCAUGCACAUGAUUGUGGAGAAGUCUCCAUUCUUGAGCCAGGACAUGCUGGAGAGGUGCUUCCCCUAUGUUCUGCUCCGAAAUGCCUACAGAGAAGUAUACAGGACCUUCAUUGUUACUCUGGGUUGAACCUUUUAUAAUACUUUUAAUUUAACCUUUCACCACAAAAAGAUUUUCAAUGUGCAAGCAUGUUUUGUUUUCAUUGCCUUCCAGUGUCUUCAUAGGCCUACAAAUUUAAAUUAGGACAAUAUUUUGAUCACAGCAAUGUUGAUAAUGUCUUGUUUGAGUCUGCACUCUUGAUGCACCCACAUUAAGAAAGAGCUUCCCUGAUGUAAAAAAUGUAGAACUAGUUUUAUGGUGCAUCUCCUGUGGACUCUAUCUGCUUGAAUAUGUCAAAUGCAAAUCAGAUAUAUCUUGUAACAUCCCUUUGAUAUUUUAACUAUCAGUGCCAUGACUUAAAGAAAACACGGUUUUUGAAGGAAACCAAAUUUAUUCAGGUUUUUAAUAGUGUACUGUGUUAAUAGUCAGUGUGUAAUAGUAUUUCUUACAAAUUGCCCAUGAAUAAAG